AUGGAAAGAGUUAGUCUGUUCACAUUGUCUUUAUUUUUUCUCUUUCUUCAUUUUUUUUCUUCAUUUCCUUCGUCCUCUUUCUUACUUUGUACUCAAUUUCAUCGCUCUCUUUCUUCAUUGUUUCUUAAAUUUCUUCCUUGUUUCUUCAAUUUCUUCCUUCUCUUUCUUCCAUGUUUCUUUCAUGACUUCCUUCACGUUCUUCAAUUUUUUUUUUCUUCCUCUUUUAUUUCAUUUAUUCCUUCGCUUUCUUCAUAUUUUCCUGAUUUUCUUCCUUCUCUAUCUUCUAUUUUCCAUUUAUUCGUUCUCUUUCUUCGUUGUUUCUUCCAUUUCCCCCUUCUCAUUUUUCUUCCCCCCCCCCAUUUCUCCCAUCGCUUUCUUCCUUUUUUUUCCAUUUCUUCUUUCUCUCUUCCUCAUUUGGUUCUAUUUAUUCAGUCUCUUUAUUCCGAUUUCCUUUUCUCAUUCCUUCACUUUUUCUUGUUUUCUUCUGUUUCUUUCUCCUCUUUCUUCCGUUUUUCUUCCAAUCUCUUUUUGUCUUCCAUUUCUUUUUUCGAUAUUUUUUCCAUUUUUCUUACGUUUUUUUUUCCAUUUCUUUUUUCUUUAUCUUUUUCUUAUUCUUAUUUUCUUUAUUCCUAUUACAUAAUCAAACAACAUCUUUAA